CAUUUCACUAUACUAUACCUUCCUUUUUAUUUGAUCCACCGCUUUGGACCCCAGUCUCGGUUUAUCUUCUGGAUUUCUUUCGUCACUCAUCCCUGCCGUCAUUUGGUUUCUCUGUACACUGAGAUUGCUUGCUCACUAUCUCUCCUCUUUCCUAUGGCUUCAAAUUCGCAAAAAGAUCUGCCUGCUGAUGACAAAGCUGGUUCAACAGAGAACAAAAGUUCCAAAAAUGAAUCAUCCUCUGAAGAGCAGCAGUCAGGACAAUCAAGAACUGCCUCUGCACCAGCAACUGUAUCUGAAGAGCAGCAAUCAGGACAAACAAGAGCUACCUCUGCACCAGCAACUGGGUUCCCGCCCAACCCCUUUGAUUUCUCAGCAAUGACUGGCCUGCUUAAUGAUCCAAGCAUCAAGGAUUUGGCUGAACAGAUUGCCAAAGAUCCUGCAUUCAAUCAAAUGGCUGAGCAGCUGCAGAAAACUUUCCAAGGUGCAGCAACUCAAGAAAGCAUUCCUAACUUCGAUAAUCAACAAUACAUGGCAACCUUGCAACAGGUUAUGCAUAAUCCUAAUUUUAUGACCAUGGCUGAGCGCUUGGGUAAUGCAUUAAUGCAGGACCCUGCUAUGUCUUCCAUGCUUGAAAGUUUUUCGAACCCAUCAAAUAAAGAUCAGCUGGAGGAGAGAAUGGCACGCAUUAAGGAAGAUCCAUCAUUGAAACACAUCUUAGAAGAGAUAGAGAGUGGUGGUCCUACUGCUAUGAUGAGAUACUGGAAUGAUGAGGAGGUUUUGCGUAAGUUGGGACAAGCAAUGGGCCUUGCUGUUUCUGGAGAUGCUGCUCCUUCUGCUGAAAAUUCUGGGCAAGAUGAAACAGAAGACGUGGGAAAUGAAGAUGAAUCAAUAGUUCAUCAAACAGCUAGUGUUGGUGAUGUUGAGGGCUUGAAAAAUGCACUAGCCUCUGGCGCUGACAAGGAUGAAGAAGAUUCAGAGGGGAGAACAGCUUUGCAUUUUGCCUGUGGGUAUGGUGAGGUGAAGUGUGCGCAAGUUCUUAUUGAGGCUGGGGCGAAAGUGGAUGCUUUGGAUAAGAAUAAGAACACGGCUCUUCAUUAUGCUGCAGGUUACGGCCGGAAGGAAUGCGUGGCUCUUCUCCUUGAAAACGGUGCUGCAGUUACUCUCCAGAAUAUGGACGGUAAAACUCCCAUAGAUGUUGCAAAACUCAACAGUCAAAAUGAAGUCGUUAAGCUACUUGAGAAGGAUGCGUUUCUGUAGUUCACUUUUAUUUAUUAUUGCAUUUGUAUUCAGUUUGUUAGACCAACAUCCUUUUGUAUGUGGCCCAGUGUUGGUGACUGCGACUGAAUUUGUUGUCACUGUAACUUCAUAAUGCGUGGAUUCUUACACUGCAUGAUUUUGAAGAUUAAUAUCAUAAUGGUACUUGGUUAUUGAUUUCAA